AUGCACAGGGCUCGCUUUAUACGACAGUAUUCAAAGCUGGGCCAAACGGUGGCAGAGGCCACAAAGCCCGGUGUGGCAAGCUCUAUCACAAAUGACCAGUCGUACAAGAACUUUUUUGAGGAUUUCUCAAAGUCUGUGAUGUCGCAGAACCAGCUCUCUUCUAUCAGCGAACAAAAGACCUUUGGCAAAGUGUUUGACUAUCUUAUGAAGAAAACGAAGCCUGCUGGCGUGGCUGAAACUCUGAAAGAUCUCGUGAACAUAAACGAGCAACAAGCAAAGAGCCCGUUCCAGGAUUUGGCUCAAGGAACACAGUCAAUCAAGGCCCACAGCUUGGAGACAUAUAAGAAAAGGCUCGAACAGAAUAAGGUUUUGAUCAAGGCGCUGGAGCCAGCUCUGAAGUAUAUCAACCACAAUAUUGAUACGAGCGAAGGAAUGAUGGCAUACAUAAAAGACGAUCUUGUGGAACGGUUUGUGAGAGAGUAUCCCACCAGGAACAGAAACUCAUUGGAUCUCGAUCAGCUAGUACAAACCACGAAGACCUUGACCCUUGAAAAUCCCUCACAGCCGCCAGUCAACCAGAGAACGCUUCCUCUUCUGCUGGAAUACUGCCUAAACUCGCUUACAUACGAUUUUGACUCGUUCGACGACACACUGCUGGUUCUCGACUACAUCAGACAGCACAAAUCAAUUUUUGUCUACGAGUUCGGCCUCAACAUCGAUGUUUACAACUCUGUGCUGCUCCAGGUGUGGCGCAAAGCGGAAAAUCUGCAGCUGAUCAGCAAACUGGUGGACGAGAUCAGCGCAAAUGCUAUACAGCCCGAUCUACUCACAUACAAGAUUUUGGCUAAGAUCUAUCUCCAGUGCAUGAACGUUGACGAUGAGUCCAAGGCUCGCUACUACCUUUUGUGGGGGAAUGGCUCCGACAUCUACAAAAUACGCACUUUCCUCGACAAUAUGAAGCUAGGCAUCGUGUAA